GUAGAGGGCGGACACACGCACAUUGAAACAUCGGGACCGGACCUGACAGAUUCCCGUGGACCUGUAUAUGUGACAAAUGUUCACGUUUAUCGAUCAUCAGUGGUAUUAAAGACGGUUUUUAUAAUGUGUGUGAUAUGAGAAUGAGAGACGUGAGCUCGCGCGCACCGGCCUGAUCGCGCGCACCGGCCAAAUCGAAGUCACAUCACCACGAUUUAUCAGUUGUUAUUUUUAUAUUAAUUUAGAGUUUUAUAGAAGAGAAGGUGAUCGACUGAGUUCAGGAGGGAGAGGGAGAGAGGGAGGAGUUGUUACGUAUCAAUCACAGAGAUGGAUCCGGAGACAGCAGCAGACUUCACCGUAGAAAACGUGGAGAAGGCCCUGCAUCAGCUCUAUUAUGAUCUCAACAUUGAGAAUAAGAAUCUGGCUCAGAAGUGGCUCAUGCAGGCUCAGGUGUCUCCUCAAGCCUGGCAGUUCUGCUGGGUUUUACUGAGACCAGAGAAGGUCCCAGAGAUCCAAUACUUCGGCGCCAGUGCCCUUCACACCAAAAUCUCACGCUACUGGGGCGACAUACCCGCCGAGCAGUACGACUCGCUGAAAUCACAGCUGUUUUCUCAUAUCGCUCUCUUCGCCUCUGGCUCUAAGAUCGUCUUGACACGCCUGUGCGUGGCACUGGCGUCGUUUGCCCUCAACAUGAUGCCAGAGGCUUGGCCGGGGGCAGUGUCAGAGAUGGUGCGCAUGUUCCAGGAAGAGGGAGGCGAGGUGGAUGGGCGUGCCCGCUGUUUGGCCCUGUUGGAACUUCUUACCGUUCUCCCAGAAGAGUUCCAGACCAGUCGGCUGCCGCAGUACCGGAAGGGACAGGUGAGGGGCGCUCUGAGCCGCGAGUGGACGGGCGUUUACCCGCUCCUACAGCAGCUGUUACGGCAGCCGGACUCGCCAGUGCUGGUCAAGGCCCGUGUGCUCAAAUGUCUGUCUAGUUGGGUUCUGCUGGACGUUCCUCUGAACGAGAGCGAGGGAUUGGUGGAGGCCAGUUUCACGGCGCUGGCGGAUCCAGAACUGUUUGAUACGGCCGUGGAGGCCAUCGUCAACACCAUCUCACAGCCCGACUCACAGAGAUAUGUGAAUACGUUGCUAAAGCUGGUGCCACAGGUUCUACACCUGCAAGAACAGUUGCGAGAUGCCGUACAGAACGGAGACAUGGAGAUGUCACACGGCAUCUGUCGAAUCGCAGUCUCUCUGGGAGAGAACCAUUCGAGAGCUCUGUUGGAGCAGGUGGAGCACUGGCAGAGUUUCCUGGCAUUGGUGAACAUGAUCAUGUUCUGUACGGGCAUCCCUGGGCACUACCCCGUCAACGAGACCACUAGCUCUCUCACACUCACCUUCUGGUACACGCUACAGGAUGACAUCAUGUCAUUUGAGGCAGAGAAGCAGGCCGUGUAUCUGCAGGUCUACAGGCCCGUGUAUUUCCAGCUUGUAGAUGUUCUGCUUCAUAAAGCUCGGUUCCCUACAGAUGAAGAGUACGCUUCCUGGUCAUCAGAUGAGAAAGAGCAGUUCAGAAUUUAUAGGGUGGACAUUUCAGACACACUUAUGUACGUCUAUGAGAUGUUGGGAGCUGAAUUACUCAGUAACCUGUACGACAAACUGGGGCGACUACUUACCAACACAGAACAAACGACAUCUUGGCAGCAUACAGAAGCACUGUUGUACGGAUUCCAGUCCAUCGCAGAAACAAUAGACGUGAACUAUUCCGAUGUCAUUCCUGGUCUGAUCGGCCUCAUCCCAAGAAUCAGUAUCAACAACGUCCAGCUAGCCGACACAGUCAUGUUCACUAUCGGAGCGUUGGCGGAGUGGUUGGCGGAUCAUCCGGUGAUGUUGAGCAGUGUUCUGCCACUGGUUCUGCAGGCGUUGGGCAAUCCAGACCUGUCCGUUUCCAGCGUCUCCACACUAAAGAAGAUCUGCAGAGAAUGCAAAUAUGACCUGCCCCCGUUCGCCACCAAUAUAGUCGCUGUGUCGCAGGAAGUGCUUAUCAAACAGAUCCAUAAGACGAGUCAGUGUAUGUGGUUGAUGCAGGCUCUGGGUUUUCUGUUGUCUGCAUUACCGGUGGAAGAGAUCUUGAGGAACCUUCACUCUCUGAUCACCCCUUACAUUCAGCAGCUGGAGAAAUUAGCAGGGGAGACGCCAAACCCCUCGAAUAAACUGGCCAUUAUCCACAUCCUGGGUCUUCUGUCCAAUCUCUUCACCACGCUGGACAUCACCAAACAGGAGGAGGAGUCCGGAGAGAAUGCCCCGCCCAUCAAAUCAACCCCGCCUCAAACGGGGCCCAACCCUGUGGUCGUGGUGCUACAGCAGGUGUUUGCUCUGAUACAGACGGUACUCAGUAAAUGGCUCAGUGACUCACAGGUGGUAGAGGCAGUGUGUGCUAUCUUUGAGAAGUCAGUUAGAACUCUUCUGCAUGACUUUGCCCCCAUGGUGUCUCAGCUAAGUGGGAUGCUGGGGCAGAUGUACAGUACCAUACCACAGGCAUCUGCGCUGGACUUGACACGCCAGAUGGUGCACAUAUUUGCCAGUGAAAUUGAUCAUUUUCCUCCAAUCAAAGCGCUGUUUGAACUGGUCACUUCUGUUACACUGACCAUCUUCCAGCAAGGGCCCAGGGAUCAUCCUGAUAUUGUUGAUUCAUUUAUGCAACUCCAAGCUCAGGCCCUCAAACGGAAGCCCGAUUUAUUCUUAUCAGAGAGUCUUGAUGUGAAAGCGGUUUUCCACUGUGGAGUGCUGUCACUUAAAUUUCCAGAAGCUCCCACUGUCAAAUCUACCUGCCUUUUCUUUACAGAACUAAUAGCGCACUGCGCAGACAUUCCUCCUGUCGGUCAGGUGGUGCAGGAAGAUGGUAAACUCCUCCUGCUGGCUGUUCUGGAGGCUAUUGGAGGUCAGUCGUCCCGCAGUCUGAUGGAUCAGUUUGCAGAGGUGUUGUUUUGUCUGAAUAAACACUGUUUCGCUCUGCUGACGGUGUGGCUGAAAGAAGCUCUGCACUCUCCAGGCUUCCCGUCCUCACGGGUCUCAGAUGAGCAGAAAAACACUUUCAGCCAACAGGUGCUGAGGGAGCGAGUAAACAAGCGUCGAGUGAAGGACAUCGUGAAGGAGUUCACACUGAUGUGCCGCGGACUUCACGGAACGGAGUACGCCGCUGACUACUAAACCACGCUCGGACAGGAAGUCCACCUAAGGCAACCCAAAACUAGAAUUCCCAGAAGCCCUCACUGCAACGCAACAGACGUGAAUGAUUCAGUGUCAGAACUGUCAUAAAGAGGCGUGUGCAGUGACAGGCCUCGCGAUCAUCCUUUAACUCAUCCUCGAUCUCUCUCGCUGUCACUGGAUUGUUUGGCAGUUUUGAGGUUUCUAUGCGGCGAUCUGAAGAGCAAACAUCUCUCCUCCUUCCCGCUGCAUCUCAUGGCAUGUUCACUGUAAAGUUCUUCUAUUCUCCCACGUUCAAGAUCUUCCGUGGCUCUUGGGCUGUGUCCUGUGAUAAUUUGCAUCUGUUCGAACCAAGAAAUAGUGUUAGUUAAAUGUUUUAUUUGUUAUUUUGGAGAUACUGAAAUAAAGAAGCAUUUAUAUGUAUAUAUAUAUUCACACACACACACACACACAACAUAUAUAAGCAAAUAUAAUAAUCUAGUGAACUGUGGGUUGUGCUGCUAACAGAGAGAGGAACCAAUGCAGACUGAUGUCUCUCUGUGGCUUUAUUUAUCUCUAUAUCUCUAUCUGUCUAACCCCUCACGCUUUAUUUUGCCAAAAUGUUGUGAACGUUUUUAAUGAAAUGACUAUGAUUGUUUUUGAUAUAUAAGGUCAGCAGCAUAUUUGGGGACUUGUAAAAACAUUAAACAAUGAAUGGGUGAGAGAAAAAUACACCAUACACUGCUCAUUUUCAUAUAAUGUAAGUGAAUGGUGACUGAGGCUGUCAAGAUCCAAAGUGACGAAAAAAAAAAAGCACCAUAAAAGUAGUUCAUAUGACUCAUAGUCCAAGCCUUCUGAAGCUAUACGAUCGUUUUAUGUGAGGAAAAGACCAAAAUUUGUCAUUAUUCACUGAAAAUCUUCUGAGAGUAAAGUGUAGGGAAAGAUUUUCAAUGGAUAACGACUUAAAUUUUCAUCUUUUCCUCACACAAAGCAGUUAUAUGGCUUUAGAAGACUUGGAUUAUUGCACAUGAAGUGUAUAGACUAUUUUUAUUAUGAUACUUUUAUGGAUUUUGGAGCUUGACAGCUCCAGUCCCCAUUCACUUUCAUUAUAUGGAAAAGAGCGGUCUGGAAAUUCUUAAAAAAUUCACCUUUUGUGUUCAACAGAAGACAGUCCUACAGGUUUGGAACGACAAGAAAGUGAGUACAAUAAAUGAUGACAGAAUUUUCAUUUUUGGGUGAACUGUCACUUUAACGUCAGGGUGUUGUGGCAAAUUGCCCCAGCGGUAGCUCUGUGAUUGGUUGGGUGUCCAGGCAUCUGUUUGUGCAAUAAUGCUUGUUCAAAACAGUCCCAGCAGUCUUCUGAGUGCACUUAUCAAGGAAUUAACCACAAAUCCAGUCAAAAUCCAGCAUGGCUGUUCCCUCUCUCUCAUGUGCCCUUGGCUGCUGCCUGUCGACAUGUAGCAUGUGUGUUGCGUUACAUACAGAUCCUGUGUUAUUUACUAGUGAGUUACAGAGGAAGAACAAAGGGAGAGACAGAGAUGUGCAAUGUACAUUAUUUUUUUUUUCUUCUUGUUUUGUACCUUGUUUUAAUUUAUUAAACACGUCUAAGAUGGCAGAACUGGCUUCUGUGGUCUCUGUGUUUAAAUGUUGGUUUGAAAUUCAGUCAAUAUGAACAGUUAUCUGUGUCCAUGAGAUCAGUGCUGAAAUGCUGCAAUAUAUUUGUUGAGUUGGGGAUGAUAGGUGGUUGCUGCACUUCUUCAUCUGGACCAGCAGAUUUCUCUACAGCUCUGGAGAAACCUCACUUGGUUUCAAUAAGAUCUGGUAAAAUGUUUCUUUUCAAUGAGCAUUAGUUUAUUUGGCAUAGACGUGAGGUUGAAAUUAUGUUUCCAUUUUGCUCAUACUGGUAUAGUGAGUCUAGUUUUUUGUCGCAUAACUUGGAAGUGCCUUCAAUUCAUGUUGGUUAUUUUCCACGCCUCCCUUAUUUCAGUGUUUUUAAUAUUUUAAGCAUAAUUGCAGUUGUUGCACUGUGUAAAAUAAUUCCAUCUAAAUAGCAGAUUAAUACCGUGACCUACUGACACCAUUAAAGACUAUAUAAAGUGUGACUCAAACA